AUGAUUCGUUCAAGUUUUAUUGCUAUGUUGCUCACUUGCGUCGUGUGUUCAUUCUGUGGCCAAGAUUUUGUAACGCUUGGGCGACACUCAUGGCGGUGUAAACAACGUAUUAAUCAUGAUCAAAGCCGCUCUGGAAACACAGAAAGAGAAAUGCCUGCUUUGAGUAAUCCUAACAUACCUAUUACACAACGAACUGUAAUUAAAUGUUGUUGCGGCAAAGUUUGUAAAGGCAAUCGGGGUUUGAAAAUGCACCAGCGUAGCUGUCAAGUCUUACAUGGGCUAAACAACGAGUUAUGCGCAGAUCUUGAGGAGCAAAUUGCAGAUAACCCUGAGAAUAGUAUAACGGACGACCACCCACCCACUACACAGUCAACUUUAGACAGUGAAGAAAUUACUCCUGAUCUAAACAAAGGCAUAAAUCGUCCGAAGAAGGACUCUGAAUGGGAAACGGCCAACGAUUAUUUUAAAUUUGCAAUCCCUUGUAAUGGACCAAUCAUAUCGCAAGAUUUCAAUUCAAGUAUAAGGCAUUUAAAUGAUACUAUAUAUAAUUACUUUGUUGAUAAUUUUGGAAAUGUUGAGACAGCCCCCGACAAGAAACUCGUAGCAAAGUAUAAAGAUCAUUCUAUAAAGGAUCUAAAGAAGGCUUUAAGCAAUCUAAAGUCCACAAAUUCGGAGGUAGCCGAAAUAAAAUAUGUGUCUCGUAUUCUACGCAAUAAGCUUCGUAACCAUGGUGAUAUUUAG